AUGGAGCUGUCAUCAUUGAAUAUUUUCAUGCUGUUUUUCAUCUUGUUUUCAGCUACAUCUACAGCACAAGAUAUUCCUCCUGGCUCAACUCUUUAUGCCUCAAAUCCACAGCAAUCAUGGGCUUCUCCGAACAAAUCUUUCACUCUUUCCUUCAUUCAAGAAUCCGAAAAUGCCUACUUUGCUGCCAUCACCUACAACAGUGUUCCUAUCUGGAAAGCCGGUGGUGAUCCGGAUGGCGCUGUCAAUUCCUCAGCCGAGCUGAGGUUUCUGCAAGACGGAAACCUCCAGCUAGUCGUGGUGGUGGGUCCCACGACGUCGUUGGUGUGGCAGUCCAAUACCUCUAGACAAGGUAUCAACUCUGCCUCACUUGACAACUCAGGCAACUUCAUGCUCAAGAAUGGAAAUGUUUCUGUUUGGACAACCUUUGACAAUCCCACUGAUACUAUUGUGCCUGAGCAGAAUUUCACAGCUGGCAACGUCUUACGUUGUGGAUUCUACUCUUUUCGCUUGUUGAGUUCAGGUGAAAUGUCUCUGAGAUGGAACAAUUCUGUUGAGUACUACACAUAUAGAGGGAUCAAUGUGACCAGUGAUUUGAAUGUCAGCUCACCUAGUUUAGCUAUGCAGCCUGAGGGAAUUCUGUCCCUUCUCGAUCCGUUGCUCUCGAGCAAUGUCUUCAUGGCUCGAGGGAGUGAUUAUGGCGAUUUGGGUGAUGGUAUCCUGAAGUUUGUGAAGUUGGAUUGUGAUGGGAAUAUGAGGAUGUAUAGCUCUGCAUUGAGUGAUGGAGUUGGAAACAGAGUUGUGAGGUGGACUGCUGUGAGUGAUCAGUGUGAGGUUUUCGGGUUCUGCGGAAGCUACGGAGUCUGCAAGUACGAUGAAGCAGACCAAGUCCCCACAUGUGGAUGCCCUUCUAGAAACUUCUACCCUGUUGAUCCUAAUGAUGGCAGGAAAGGUUGUAGAAUGAUAGGUGAUAUAAAGAGCUGUCAGACAACACUGCUGGCUUUGAACAAUACCUUGUUCUUGACUUACCCUCCUCAGUUGGAUUCUGAUUAUUUCACAGGAAAUAUCAGAGCAUGUAGGUCUAACUGCCUUGUUGAUACCAGGUGUGUUGCUUCGAGUUCAAUGGCUGAUGGAACAGGCGCUUGUUAUAUGAAAAGAUCGGAUUUCAUCAGUGGCCACCACUCACCAAUCCUCACCAGCACGUCGUAUGUGAAGGUGUGUGAUCCGGCCCUGCCUAAUCCUCCGGGUUCUUCAAGAAACGACGAUGGGGGAUCUGCAAGGCUCAAGAUUGGUGUCAUAGUGUUGGGGAGUGGUUUGCUUAUAGUCAUUUUAGUCGGGAUGUUUCUGUGGAUUAAAUGUAGAGGUAAGCAAAGUUAUGAGAGUUUGGUAUCUGAGUACUCCUUUUCAGACUAUGCAUCUGGUGUUCCUGUGCAAUUCUCUUACAAGAAGCUCCAGCAGUUGACAAAAGGGUUUGUGGAGAAGCUGGGAGAAGGUGGAUUCGGUUCCGUUUAUAGAGGAGUUUUGUCGAGCAAAGUAGUUGUUGCUGUGAAGCAGCUAGAGGGGAUAGGUCAAGGGGAGAAGCAGUUCAGAAUGGAGGUAGCUACAAUUAGUAGCACUCAUCACUUGAAUCUUGUGAGAUUGGUUGGUUUUUGCUCCGAGGGAAAGCAUAGGUUGCUUGUUUAUGAGUUCAUGAAGAAUGGCUCUCUUGACAGCUUUCUCUUUCCCUCGCUGUCAUCGGGUGAGAAGGUGUUGAAUUGGGCUUGUAGAUACAGCAUUGCCUUAGGCACGGCUAAGGGGAUGACGUACCUUCAUGAAGAGUGUCGCGACUGCAUUCUCCACUGCGAUAUAAAGCCAGAGAACAUACUCUUGGAUGAGAGCUACAAUGCAAGAAUCUCUGAUUUCGGGCUAGCAAGGCUGUUGAACUUGAAUGAUCAUAAGCAUAGGAGUCUGAUCACGGUGAGGGGAACGAGAGGGUACUUGGCUCCUGAGUGGAUAGCUAACCUUCCGGUGACUUCCAAAGCCGAUGUGUACAGCUAUGGCAUGGUGCUGCUUGAGAUUGUGAGUGGGAGGAGGAACUUUGAGGUCUCUCCUGAGACGAGCAACAGAAGGUUCUCGUUGUGGGCAUACGAGCAGUUUGAGAAGGGAAAUGUGGGAGCAGUUGUUGACAAAAGGCUAGUGGAGAGUGAGAUUGAUUUUGUUCAAGCAACAAGGGUGCUGCAGGUGAGCUUCUGGUGCAUUCAAGAACACCCGUCGUUUAGGCCUACGAUGGGGAAGGUGGUGCAGAUGCUUGAAGGGAUUGCUGAUGUGCAGAAACCACCUCCACCCUUGUUCUUGAGUGAUGGAUCAGCUCAAUCUUCCGUUGUGAUUUCAUCAGUUUCGUCGUCCCAAAUCGUGGCUGGUUCGUCCUCGGUUUCGUCUUGA